AUGAAAGUGGUAGUUUCGACUGUAAAUUUCAUAAAAUCACGAGGACUCAAUCACAGGCAAUUCAAGCAAUUCCUUGAUGACAUCGAAAGCGAAUAUGGAGAUUUACUGUAUUAUAUAGAAGUAAGGUGGCUAAGUCGUGGAUUGACAUUGGAACGAUUUCUAAAUUUAAUAGAAGAAAUUGGAAUAUUUCUGGCACAAAAGCAAAGGGAUGUCCCGGAACUUAAAAGUCCUGAUUGGUUGUGUGAUUUGGCUUUUUUAGUUGAUAUUACAAAUCAUUUGAAUGUCUUGAACACACGGCUUCAAGGCAAAAAUCAACUGAUAUCCCAGCUCUACGCUCAUGUAUCAUCCUUUUAA